AUGUCCGCGGACGAGUACGAGUACGAGAGGAUGCGUGCCGAGCUGCUCGGGCUGCCUCCUCCCGAGAGGAAGCCGGACCCGCCGGCGCAGGGAACCGCGGAGGACGCUGACGAGGAAGCGAACCCGGCAAUCGACGAGCAAGUGCUCGAUGUUGAAGAUGAGCAGAUGAAGAACAUAACAGGAGGCCUGGAUGAACUAAACAGUAUUCUCACUGUCACUCAAAAGAAACUGAACAAGUUUAAGGUCGUGUGUGGCAGCCUAACGAAUCUGCUGAAAAUAAGAAUUGGCAAGGAAGAUGGCAGCUCGAGUGCCUGCAGCACAGACUGUAGCAGAUCUCUGGGCUCUGGUGCUGAGGCAGAAAGGAAACAGGACGAGCAACAGGAUGCAGAAGCAGAGAAGGAACAGAAUCCUGUAGUGAACAGUCCAGAAAAAGAAGAGAAAUCUGUAACAUCACAGAGAGCACUGAAUUUAGCUGAUAAAAUAACUUCACAGACAGAUCGUUUGGAUGCAAUGAUCAUGAAAGCUGAGCAGGCAGAAAUGAGCAUGUCCCACCAGAACAAGCAAAUGCGAUCUUUUCUCAGAUAAUAAUUUAUCACUCUAGUGGAUACCCUUAAGACAUAUCUUAAAUAUGACCAGCUGCUGAAAUCUUAAACUGAAAAUGGUUUGCAGUAUUUU